GCCGCGACAGCCUCCCUCGGCCGGCGGCACUACCGUUCCCGCAGCUAAUUCUGCGGCCGCGGGAGUGCGGGGAGACUUCAUCAUUCGCAGGGUGCCGAGGCUGGCGAGGCGCGAGCCGGCGGGCCGCGGCGGGCGGGAGUGCGGGCGGGCCGAGCUCGGCGGCCCCGGGCCCGCGGGGGAGGGCCGGGCUGCCGGCGGCUCGCGGUCGCGGAGGCGCCGUCCCGCCCCGGCUCGGCCGCGGGUGACCUCCGUGCGUGCCGAGCGGCGCGGCGCGGCGGCGGGGGAAUCCGCGCUGCGGCUGGCCGCGGGCUCCUCCCACCCGGCUGGCGGGCGGGGCUCGGGACCGGGCUCCGGUGCGGGCGAGCUGCGGCCGACCCCAAGGCGAAACGGCGGAGCAGACUAUAUGAGUCCCUGAAGGAAAAGAACAAUGCUGUGUUGGGGGUAUUGGUCUCUGGGCCAACCAGGCAUCAGCUCCAACCUGCGGGGAGGAAUCGUUGCCGAGCCCCAGGUGUGCCGCUUUGUAUCUGACAGGAGCAUCAAGGAAGUGGCGUGCGGAGGAAACCACUCCGUGUUCCUGCUGGAGGAUGGGGAGGUUUACACGUGUGGUGUGAACACCAAGGGGCAGCUUGGCCAUGAGAGGGAAGGCAACAAGCCAGAACAAAUUGGAGCAUUAGCUGAUCAGCAUAUCGUGCAUGUGGCAUGUGGGGAGUCUCACAGUCUGGCUCUUAGCGACCGGGGCCAGCUGUUUUCUUGGGGUGCAGGAAGUGAUGGCCAGCUGGGCCUCAUGACUACUGAGGAUUCAGUGGCAGUGCCCAGGUUAAUACAGAAGCUGAACCAGCAGACCAUAUUACAAGUUUCUUGUGGUAACUGGCACUGCUUGGCUCUGGCAGCUGAUGGCCAGUUCUUCACAUGGGGAAAGAACAGCCAUGGACAGCUAGGGCUGGGGAAGGAGUUCCCCUCCCAAACCAGCCCACAGAGGGUGAGGUCUUUGGAAGGGAUCCCGCUGGCUCAGGUGGCUGCAGGAGGGGCUCAUAGCUUUGCCCUGUCUCUCUCGGGAGCUGUUUUUGGCUGGGGAAUGAAUAAUGCAGGGCAGCUAGGGCUCAGUGAUGAAAAAGAUCGGGAGUCUCCAUGCCACGUGAAGCUUUUGAGGACACAGAAAGUCGUGUAUAUUAGUUGUGGAGAGGAGCACACAGCGGUUCUCACAAAGAGUGGAGGCGUGUUUACUUUUGGUGCUGGUUCCUGUGGGCAACUUGGACAUGACUCCAUGAAUGAUGAAGUUAAUCCAAGAAGAGUUCUGGAGCUAAUGGGCAGUGAAGUAACUCAGAUUGCUUGUGGCAGACAGCACACCCUAGCCUUUGUGCCUUCUUCUGGACUCAUCUAUGCAUUUGGUUGUGGAGCUAGAGGUCAGCUGGGAACUGGACACACGUGUAAUGUUAAGUGCCCCUCUCCUGUGAAGGGGUACUGGGCUGCCCACAGUGGUCAGCUGUCAGCUCGAGCUGAUCGCUUUAAGUACCGAGUCGUUAAACAGAUCUUCUCUGGAGGGGACCAGACUUUUGUACUUUGCUCCACAUAUGAGAAUUCUUCUCCUGCUGUUGACUUCAGGACUGUGAACCAAUCACAUUAUACCAACUUAAUAAAUGAUGAAACCAUAGCAGUUUGGAGGCAAAAACUCUCAGAACACAACAAUGCAAAUACAAUCAAUGGUGUUGUUCAGAUACUGUCUUCUGCAGCUUGUUGGAAUGGAAGUUUUCUGGAAAAAAAAAUCGAUGAACAUUUUAAAACCAGUCCCAAAAUCCCUGGGAUUGACCUGAACUCAACUAGGGUUUUAUUUGAGAAGUUAAUGCACUCUCAGCACUCCAUGAUUCUAGAGCAGAUAUUAAACAGCUUUGAAAGUUGCCUCAUUCCCCAGUUGUCAAGUUCACCCCCAGAUGUGGAAGCAAUGAGAAUCUAUUUAAUACUCCCGGAGUUUCCCCUGCUUCAGGAUUCUAGGUAUUACAUAACCAUGACUAUUCCCCUGGCGAUGGCCAUUCUGCGGCUGGAUGCAAACCCCAGCAAAGUAUUAGAUAACUGGUGGUCUCAGGCAUGCCCCAAAUAUUUCAUGAAGCUGGUGAACCUCUAUAAAGGAGCAGUGCUUUACCUGCUAAGGGGAAGGAAGACAUUCCUAAUCCCCGUCCUCUUUAAUAAUUACAUGACUGCAGCUCUCAAGCUUCUGGAGAAAUUGUACAAGGUAAAUCUUAAAGUAAAGCAUGUGGAAUAUGAUACAUUUUAUAUCCCUGAGAUUUCCAGUCUGGUGGACAUUCAGGAAGACUACCUCAUGUGGUUUCUGCAUCAAGCAGGGAUGAAAGCUAGAUCAUCUAUCAUACAGGAUGCUGUAACCCUUUGUUCCUACCCUUUCAUAUUUGAUGCCCAAGCCAAGACCAAAAUGUUGCAGACUGAUGCUGAGUUACAGAUGCAGGUGGCUGUCAAUGGCGCCAACCUGCAGAAUGUCUUCAUGCUUCUCACGCUGGAGCCUCUGCUGGCCAGAAGCCCCUUCUUGGUCCUUCAUGUCCGCAGGAACCACCUUGUUGGAGAUGCCCUGAGAGAGUUGAGCAUUCAUUCUGACAUCGACUUAAAGAAGCCUCUCAAAGUGAUCUUUGAUGGGGAAGAAGCAGUAGAUGCUGGUGGCGUUACAAAGGAGUUCUUUCUUUUGCUGUUAAAAGAACUUUUGAAUCCCAUUUAUGGGAUGUUUACCUACUAUCAAGAUUCCAGUCUUUUGUGGUUUUCAGAUACAUGUUUUGUAGAACACAACUGGUUUCACUUGAUCGGCAUAACCUGUGGACUCGCUAUCUACAACUCCACUGUGGUUGACCUCCACUUCCCAUUGGCUCUCUACAAGAAGUUACUGAAUGUAAAGCCUGGCUUGGAAGAUUUAAAGGAACUGUCACCAACUGAAGGAAGGAGCCUUCAAGAGCUUCUCGAUUACCCUGGUGAAGAUGUUGAGGAGACCUUUUGCCUCAACUUCACGGUGUGCCGAGAAAGCUAUGGGGUGGUCGAGCAGAAGAGGCUGAUACCUGGGGGAGACAGAGUGGCUGUGUGCAAGGACAACAGGGCAUCUAAAGUCUAUAGAGAUAACCCGGAUAUGGAGCUGUGGCUCUAAUGAGUUCUCUUGAACAUUGGUGAAAGGUGCAAUCUUUAAGGUCCACAUUGUAUUUGUAGUGGAUUGUGACAGGAACGAACGAUAAUGAAAGCACCAGUCAUGCUUCCAGCGUGCUUUCCAUGCUCUAGGCACUUUCUUAAGGACCUGGCAUGGAAGCCUUCGUGCUUUGCAGAUGAUGAAAUUGAAACACAAGAGAAUUAUAUCAUCUGGGCAAGCUAUACAGUUAGAAGAAAAGGACUUGAUUCAUGGCUUGUGCUCCAGGAGUUCACCCAGCUGCUGGAGGCCCACAGUAGAGCUUGAGGGUUCCUGUCCUCCUCCCUAGGGGAAAAGGUGCUUGAGAGUUUACUAUUUCUUGUUUUGGGCAGAUUGUAUAAAAAUAAAUUGGUGUAGUUAAAAGAGUCCUAUAAAUGUGUGAAAUUGAAUGUCUGAAUUUUGAACCAGGGAAUAGGGCAGAUGCAGUAUUUAAGAUGUGGUAGAGCCAUUGAGAGCAGAGCAUGGUGCACACCUUUGAGUCCAGCGCUUGGGAGGUAGAGGCAGGCAGAUCUUUGUGAAUUUUAAGCCAGCCUACAUAGUGAGUUCCAAGAUAAGCCAGAGCUAUAAAAUGAGAACUUGUCUGGAAAAAAAAAUAACAACAAAAACCUCAUGGAUACUUGUAAUAUUGUGUAGUCUGCUAUAUAAGUGUGUUUUCUUUGGAUAUUUGGUUUGUUUGUAUGUUCUUUUUAUUACUUUUUCUGUAUUUUUUUCAGUCCUCCCCCAUUUUUAUUAAAAUUGUUACAAACAUCUUUUGAAUGAAAAGGGAUUAUUUUUGCCUUUAAAAAUUGCUUUUUAAUGGUAAAAUUUCAAGGAUGAAAUUUAAAAGUAUGGUAUUUUGAAUCUGUUGACAAAUAUUUUUGCUGGGUUGAUUUUAUUAAUGAAUUGUACCAGGUUAUUUAUCUUUAUUGGUGCCUAAGAAUACCUAUUUUGCUUGGUCCUCACAGUAUCAUUAAACUAUUUGCAUUUCUUUUAUACAUAGGCUACUUUAAAGAUUCUACACAGCAUUGAUCCAUUUUAAUGCUGUGUGAACUUGUAAAAUACUUUUAAAAAUGUGAUUUAUGGAUAGUGUUUGCACAGUACUUUAUAUAUCUGAAAUUUCUACUUUUAAAACGGUUUUGUUAUGUAAGUUUCAUCUUAAUAAAAGCAGCAUUUGUUUAUAUAUAUGCACAGUGAAGAAGCGCCUGUGCGUGCAUGUGUGUGAACCUGCACGCAAACAGAGCACCGGCCCUGAGCCGACACUGUGAGCCUUGAAGUGCUGCAGAUUUCUGUCUCACACUCUGAGAUCAUGCCCGGAAUGGAUAAUGUGUGCUGCUGGCUACACUGUGCUUUGCUGAGUUUGGCCUGUCAAGGGUUAAAAUGGUUUACUGCAAAGCAGUAUUUUACUUGCCUGAGGAGAUAGUGUCCUGCCGACAUUACAGUGCAGCCAUGACGCACUAUCAAAUAGUAGCUCAGGAGACACACAUUUAGGAUCAGCUCAGUAAGAAAAUGAAAUUGACAUCCAUCCGAAACACCCCUGAUGACCAGGAAAAAAAAUGUGCUACUCAUAUACAUAUACACUAUAAAAUAAUGCCUGCUGGCCAUAGCACACAUCUGCAACACGUGUGUCUCCAGCCUUGCCAGAGCCCUGCUUCACCUGGUGCUGGGCAUCAGAACACAGCUUCCUGCCCAGUAUUCCCUCUUUUAAAUAAUUAGCCCAGGUUCUUUAUGUGAACCUCUUAUAGUAGUAAUUUUUAUAUGAUUUAUCAAACUAUUAAGGCCAUUCACUUUUUGUUGUCUAUAUCUGCUAUAGAUAUAAUUCACACUACUUGUUUGUAUUUGAAGAGUGUAUAUACUCAAAACUUGAUUGUUUUCUAAUUAUUCAUCUUGUAUUGUCUGUUUAUUUCUUUUGGCUGUAUGUCUCCUAAUUCUUAUUCUGUAUCUAAUAAUUGUUAAGUAUUUUGUGCAUUCUUUGAUUAAAAAUGUUUCUUUGAGUCUAUUAAUGUCUAACUUUUUUCUAAAUUAUUGAUAGCUAUCUCAGCUAUUCUUAUGAGUAAACACAGAAAUUAUGUUAAAUUCCAGAUCCUGCUUGGGCUUGAAUUGAAUUGUGACAAAUUAUAAAUUAAUUUCAGAAAAAUUGAUGAUUUGGUAAUCUUCUAAGACAGGGGCUUAAUUUUUUUCACAUACAUUAUACACAUUUUUGUUAUAGGCUCACUUAUGUUUAUGUGUAUAUAUCUUACUUCUAGUGUAAAAAAAAUCUUACAUAUUUAAUGCCUUGAAUUAAUUAUUGAUUUUAUGUAUUUGUAUGACAACCAAUCAAUUCAUAGAAUUUGUGUAUAUAGUUUCUUAGUUUAUCCUCUUGGGUUUUCUAAAUCUAAUAAUCAUACAAAAUAAAUUUUCCAAUGAUUAGACUAUUUAUUUAUAUUAAAUGGCAGUCCCUCCAUUUCUGAAGAUGAGUGGAUAUUAACUUUCAUUCCUUUUAUUCUUAUUAAAUAAAGGUUAUGAUUAUGAUGAUCAUAAUAUAUGUAAUUUAUUCCUUCAGUUGGGUUGGUCCAGCCAUAUGGAAGAUUACCACUACCUUAAAGUUGCUUGUAGUCAUCUGUUGUCAUUAGCAACUGGUGAGCAUUGCUCUCCAUUUCCAACGUCGUCAUCAGAUUUUGCUGCAUUGUGAUUAACCCUUGCAGCAGAUGGAAAAAAUGGCGUCUGAUGGAUUUGUGUGUGUGUGUGCAUUUAUGACGUCACAUUAAAGUCUUACCUUUUCUGGGAGGAAACUAAAACCAACUUUUAUGUGGAGGAAACCAAAAAAAAGAGUUUUUUAAUGUCCUAUGUUUCUGGGUGAAAAGCCAUAUACUUUUCUGGUAAUAAGGAAUGACCACGGUAGAAUUAAUAAAGCUACCAUUUUCUGUUGCGUAGCAGAAGAAGGGUGUUGAAUUUUCUAUCAGGGUCCUUUGUUUAUUUUAACAAUAAUAGCUGGAAAUUAUUCCAAGGUGUCAGACAUUCUGUGUGGACUAUAAGUGUAUUAAUUCAUUUUUUCUUCAUAGUAAGUGUGAGGAGGGACGGUACCACCCACUUCUAUAGAUGAGAAUACAGGCAGUCAGAAUAACAAGUCUUUAUUUUUGAAAAUACUAUUUGUUAACACCACAGUGGUAAACAACUUUAUGUUUGUAUUUUUACAGAACAUUGGUUCACAGAUAAUUCAAAACCCACAAAGAAGCUAAAGGCCUUUACAUUAAAUGUCUUUUCUCAAAAGUCCUUCCUGUAUGCCAUUCUGUCCUCAAGCAAUAAAAUGAUUAUGCACCAUUUAAUAUGUCACAUUUACAUAGCAAAAUAAUGAAGGCACAGCUAAUACAAGCAAACUUAAACCCUUUCUAUUUCUGAGCUGGGGAUGGGAUACACACUUGGAUUGACUCUUCAAGUAUAUAUUUUUCCCAAACAUUAGCUUCAUUGAGGAGUUCUGAUGGUUUCACAGCUACUUGCUAAAAGCUACAAGACAAAAAGACUUCACAAAAGGUCAAACUGUGUAACACUGGACACACAUGCUUUACACAAUUGCUACAUUCUACAUCUCUUCAAGUAAAUUAAAUUUCUACAAUGCUAUUAAGGUGAUUUAAUACUUAAAACAUUUGGGGUAACUUUUACGAUUUUGUAAACAAACACUGCCAAGAAAACAGAUAACACGAGACCAUUACAAAUGAACACGUGUUGACAAUAUUGUACAUGUAAUACACCCUCUUUUUUGGAACCAUAUUCUUUCUGUAAUUUCAAAUAUUCAAAACGUUUUCACAACUUGAAAUGGCAGUUUCCCUAGCCUCAGAAACAGUCUCAUGAUGUCAGUCCAUACUUCCUCCAUGCCAAGUCUCCUCUGGAAUGUAAAGCAGAUGUCUGGGUUUGCAAAAGCAAAGUCUUAAAGAUGACGUCGUUCUUGGGUUCCUUUUUCUCUGCUCUGGAAAUGUAAAGAAA